AUGGAAACAAGCUCCGCUGUUGCUCACAGCAGUGGUGCUGACAGCACUCGUUCUGGUAGCACGGGAACAAGCUUCAGUGCUGACAGAAGAGCUUCUGGUGUCACUGAAAUGAGCAGCGCGAACGGCGGAGCGCUCAUACCGUCGUUCAGAAUCGUCGCCCUAGCAGAGGGCGGGACCAUGUCACAGCUUCAGACGCUCUGUCUGGCGCCAGCUGUCGCCACCGUAUUGGCCAGGAGGUUUCAGUCAGCAGGGGUGACGGAGACCUCCAGGGACAGUGGAAGCUCCGUCAGCUCCGUCAAGUCUGCUGCUGACUUGCCUGGUAACUCUGUUAAAGUUCAAGACAGAGGUUUGGUCACUGUAGUGUGGCGGAAGGGACGUACCACGUUGGUUGGUGGAGAAAGCGGAGGGAGCAGCAGCAGCAGCAGCAGCAGUAGCGGCAGUGCGAGUGACUUGAUUCCCCAUGCGCCGUUUGACGCUCUCUUUGCUGGGCCUCCUGACAGGGAGCGAAUGAGACGUGUGAUGCUGGCAGGAUCCGAACCUGUUGCUGCGGGAACUGCUGUAGGCUCGGCAGCAGGUGAAGCAGGGGCAGCAGGAGCAGGAGCAGGUGGAUCAGGGGAAGAAGCAGCGCUGGUGCUGAGGCUGAUGGAUAGCUGGCCAGACGUGAUGGUGCAGGCAGACAUGCCUGCUGACCCGCCUCUUGCAUCCCUGAGAUGGCUCAAUGUAUCACUGCCACUUUGUGCCACCAGUGCUGCCAGUGCAAGUGCCAGCAGCGCCAGCAGUGGUGGCAGUGAGAGUGGGAGGAGCACAGCAGAGGGGGUGUUGACGGAGACAGACACUGUCGUCACUCUGCUGCUUCCCAAUACAUCAUGGAGCCUUGCUUCUUCGUCUCUGUCAAACGAAGAGGUCUGCACUGCGCGGCGGCUGGAGGCGGCCUGCCUGGGCGGGGUGCGGCCGUCAGCAGGCGUGGCGGCCAUCAUGCGCGCCCACCCCGCCUCCGCCCUCUCCAGACUCCUCCGUACUACUGCCGUUUAUCUCGAGGCCAAUGAGGAGCUGCCACCUGGCAGCUGUCCAGGCUGUCCAGAGGACCCCCUUCUGAACUGCACGCUGCGCACGCUGGCUUGGCAGUAUCUGGGGGAGGUGGCACCUGAAAGAGAAGCAGGGGCAGCAGCAACAGCAGGAGGGGCAGGAGUAGGCACAGCAGCAACAGCCGGAACAGCAGGAGGAGCAGCAGGAGGAGAAGGGAGAGGAGGUGAAGGAGGAGGCAGAGGAGGCGGAGGGGGGGGGCAAGAAGGGCACACAGCGGAGGGGAGGCGGGUGGAUUUCACAAUGGGUGCGUUUUGGGCGGCAGAUGCAGCUGCUGUGGCACGCACCUUCCACCCCCUCCGCGCCCCCCUGCUGCUAGACGUCACUCUUGCGCGCCUAAAGGCUUGCCCCUCCCCUACUGGUGGCGCUGGGGAAAUAGGGGGGAAGGAGAGGGGGCGGGGGAAGGAUGGGGAGGAGGACGGGGACGGGGGUGGGGAGGGGGAGGGGGAGGAGGGGGGACGGGGGGGUGGAGAGGGGAAGGGUGAGAUGGGCAGAGCAGGAGACGGAGAAGGGGAGGAAGGAGAGGAGGGCGAGGGAGAGGUGGUGAAACGGAGUAAGAAGCAGCAGGGAAGGAGGAGGUUGUUAUCCGAAGAGAAGAGGGAGAAGAGAAGCGGGGAGGGAUCGAAGGACAAAGGUGGGGAGGGCAUGGCUUCUGGCCUCUCAGGCAAGAGCAGUAGCAAGAAGGCUGAUUCAGCUGGCAACAGCAGCAGCAGUGUUGAGUUCAACACGACGCUGUGCGCGCAGCUGCAGGUGGCGGAGGCGUGGGUGGUGUCGGCAGCAGCGGCGCUCAUCCACACCCGCGCGUCUCUCGAGGCCCGAUUCCUCCGAGCCCAGGCCGCCGCCGGGACCGCCAGGGGGAUCCUGGGGCUGGAAGGGGGAAGGAGGUUGGGGGAGAGGGGGAGUCGAGGAGCAGGGGGAGCGGAUGGGAGAGUGGAAGGGGAGGGAGCAGAGGGGGCAGAGGCAGCAAUGGGUGGUGAAGACGCUGCGGGUGCUGCAGAGAAGGGGUCGUUCUCAGUGCGGCGAGUGCCUUUCUCUGUUGCGCCAACUGUCUGUGAGGCUCCCAAGGCUGAGUCGUUCGGGAAGCAGCGGUUCCUGCGGCAGUUCAUAGUGGAUGAGGAUCUCAAGGCCAUCUACUGCUUCGUCCCCAAGGUGGCCUGCACGGGGUGGAAGACGUGGUUCCGAGAACAGCAGGGCCAGGCGAACGUGUCAGACGUGUUUCUCACCCACGACAAGGCACGCUCAGGCCUGCGCAUCCUCGCCUACCACUUCCCAGAGCACCGCGCGAUUGAGCUGUUGACCCGCCCGGACUUCUUCAAGUUCUCGUUUGUGCGGAACCCGUAUACUCGGCUGGCGUCGGUGUAUCUCAACAAGCAUGUUGGUGGCGGGCCUCCUUACUCCCGACAGUUCUGGAACAAGAUGUUUUUCCGCAAGUUCGUUCCCUUCCGGCGGCUAGUGAACGCAAAACAAGGGAAUGACUCAUUCUCUUUUGGAGAAUUCGCGUGGCUGCUGAGACUCAUGAGGGAGCAGCGCCGCGCACGCAUGGAGUCUCACGUCCAGCCGCAGAUCGACGCGUGUCGGUUCGACAAGAUCCGAUUCGAUUUCGUCGGGCGGUUUGAGAAUCUAGCGGAGGACGUGGGGGUGGUGCUGCAGAGGUUGAACCGCACUGUGGGGGAUUCAGGAGCAUUCAACAUCUCGAAAGAUGCUCAUCCCACUAAUGCUGGGAGCAAGCUCUUAGAGUUGUAUGAUGAGCAAUCUUACGAGGAGGGCUCCUUGCUGUACUCGAUGGAUAUGGAUAUUCCUUUGAAUGGAAUACACUUUGAGCCUCCUCCAGAGUUGAUGCAUAAAUUUGGCAAACUAAAGGUUGCAUUUGUGUCAGGUGGAGCUUAG